AUGACUCAAAGAAAGAAAGGUGACUUUAUUGAGGUUUUAUAAUGCAUUGAAGAUAUAGAUGUGAAAAUCUACAAUGUAAUAAUUGAAAUGCACUUAAAGGAAGGAGAUUCAGAUUUUCUAAAAUUUCUUUCAAAUUAUUAAUAUAAACUUAGUUAUGAAAAAUACAUGUUUUUAUGUGACAAUUUAUGGCAUUUUGAUAAGUAUUGGAAAUUAGAUGCCGUUAAAAGUAACAUUAAGAAAAUUACAAAUGUUCUCCAAAUAAUAAAGGAAAAUGAAUUUAAUGAAAAGAAUUACUCAAUAGAUGAGAAUUAAGAAAUUAAGGAAGAUCUGAUUAAAAAAAUCUCAUCAAAUAAGAACAUUAUAGAAUUUUUAACCUUUUUAGUUCAUCUGACUGCUUUAGACGAGAGUUUCAUAAAGUGUGGAUCAAAUUCUCUUCAUUUAUUAGUUUUAAUGAAAGUUGAUUUGAGGGAAUAAUCUUUUUAGAAUAUUAGAAUUAAAAAUACUUCCUUAAUAGGAGCAAACUUAGUAAGGAGUGAUUUAAGUGAAUCUGAAUUUGAAAAUGUCGUUAUUAGCGGAAUGAAUAUGAAUUAAGCUAAAUUAUUUAAUUGUAAAUGGAAAAAUUUAAGAAUAAAUGAAUUAAAUUAGUUAAAUAGUCAUAUAAGUUAUGUUAAUACAGUUUGCUUUUCUUUAGAUGGCAACUCAUUAGCCUCUUGCAGUGAUGAUUAAUCUCUAUGUAUGUGGAAUGUAAAAACAGGAAAAAUAAAUUCUAUAAUCAAAGGAAAAUGGGAUGUAAUGUCAGCAUGCUUCUCAUCCAAUAACAAUAUAUUAGUUUUCAGCAGCAGAGAAUUUAUGUAUUUAUUGAAUCUAAAAACAGGAAAAUAAAUAUCAAAAUUAUAUGGUCAUUCAGAGAGAGUUAAUUCAAUUUGUAUCUCUUCUGAUGGUACGACAUUAGCAUCUGGUAGCUAUGACAAGUCUAUCCGUUUAUGGGAUGUUAAGACACGGUAAUAAAAAGCCAAAUUAGAUGGUCAUGAAAAAAAAAUUCGAUCAGUCAAUUUCUCGCCUGAUGGUUCUACAUUAGCAUCUGGUAGUGAUGAUAACUCUAUCCGUUUAUGGGAUGUUAAGACAGGAUAAUAAAAAGUCAAAUUAGAUGGUCAUUCAGAUAAUAUUAAAUCAAUUUGUUACUCUCCUGAUGGUACUAUAUUAGCAUCUGGUAGUUCAGAUAAGACGAUUCGUUUAUGGGAUGUUAAGACAGGAUAAUAAAAAGCCAGAUUAGAUGGUCAUUCAUCAACUGUAUAGUCAGUCAAUUUCUCUCCUGAUGGUUCUACAUUAGCAUCUGGUCAUGAUGAAAACUCCAUCCUUUUAUGGGAUGUUGAGACAGGAUAAUAAAAAGUCAAAUUAGAUGGUCAUUCAGAUUCAGUUAGAUCAGUCAAUUUCUCACCUGAUGGCACUACAUUAGCAUCUGGUAGUUCAGAUUAGUCUAUCCGUUUAUGGGAUUUUAAUACAAGAUAAUAAAAAGCCAAAUUAGAUUGUCAUUCAUCAAUAAUAUGGUCAGUCAAUUUCUCUCCUGAUGGAAAUACAUUAGCAUCUGGUAGUUCAGAUAAGACGAUCCGUUUAUGGGAUGUUAAGACAGGAUAAUAAAAAGCCAAACUAGAUGGUCAUGAAAAUGAAAUUAUAUCAGUCAAUUUUUCUCCUGAUGGUUCUACAUUAGCAUCAGGUAGCGUAGAUAACUCAAUCCGUUUAUGGGAUGUUAAUACAAGAUAUUAAAAAGCCAAAUUAGAUUGUUAUUAAUCAAUAGUAUGGUCAGUCAAUUUCUCUCCUGAUGGAAACACAUUAGCGUCUGGUAGUUCAGAUAAGUCGAUCCUUUUAUGGGAUGUUAAGACAGGAGAAUAAAAAGCCAAACUAGAUGGUCAUUCAUCAACUGUAUAGUCAGUCAAUUUCUCUCCUGAUGGUGCUACAUUAGCAUCUGGUAGUUCAGAUAACUCUAUCCUUUUAUGGGAUGUUAAGACAGGAUAAUAAAAAGCCAAAUUAGAUGGUCAUUCCUUAGGUGUAGAGUCAGUCAAUUUCUCUCCUGAUGGUGCUACAUUGGCAUCUGGUAGUUCAGAUAACUCUAUUCGUUUAUGGGACGUUAAGACAGGAUAAUAAAAAGCCAAAUUAGAUGGUCAUUCACGUAAUGUUAUAUCAGUCUUUUUCUCUCCUGAUGGUAUUAUAUUAGCAUCUGGUAGUUCAGAUAACUCUAUCCGUUUAUGGGAUGUUAAGACAGGACAACAAAAGGCCAAAUUAAAUGGUCAUUCAUCAACUGUAUGGUCAGUCAAUUUCUCUCCUGAUGGUGCUACAUUAGCAUCUGGUAGUUGGGAUAAUUCUAUCCGUUUAUGGGAUGUUAAGACAGUAUAAUAAAACCUAUCUUCAGAUCAUUGUUACAAAGAUAUGUUAUCGUUAUUGAAACCUUCGAAAAAUUAAAAUACAGUUCAUUCAGAAAGUAGUAUUUUUUUUUUCUCUAUUCUAGCAACCUCUAAUAUUACAAUUUUAGUAAUUUCUAAAAAUCCUAUUUUGGAAGCAUAAGGAGCUUUAAUCUUGAAAGGAGAAUUUUUCAAUUAUUAGGGCAAGGAUCUAAAAUCGUUAUUCAAAUCUAAAGGUAGUUUGAUAUUAGAAAACUAAAAAGAAUUGAUAUAAAAUUGA